UUUUAUCUUCCAAAUAACAAAAGUACAAAACAAAACCGAGACAGAGAGCAGUGAAGUGAAACAAACGACCAAACCGAACAAUCUUUCUGAUCUCUCGCAGGAUGUUCGUGUUUUUUCUGCUAUUCCUCUGCUUUCUCUCUCCUCUUCCGCACUCUCUCUCUCUAACCCAAGACGGUCUCUUUCUCCUCGAAGCAAGACGGCACCUUUCCGACCCGGAAAAUGCCCUCUCCUCCUGGAACCCUGCCGCCACCACCCCAUGCCGGUGGCGCAGCGUCACCUGCGACCCCCUCACCGGCGCCGUCACCUCCGUGAGCCUCCCCAACUUUUCUCUCUCCGGCCCCUUCCCCGCCGUCCUCUGCCGAAUCGCCUCCCUGACCACCCUCAACCUCGCCUCCAACCUCAUCAACUCCACCCUCUCCGCCGUAAACUUCGCCGCGUGCCGUAACCUCGUCUUCCUCGACCUCUCCCAGAACAACCUCGUGGGCCCCAUCCCGGACUCUCUCGCCGGAAUCGCCACUCUCCAGCACCUCGACCUCUCCGGUAAUAACUUCUCCGGCGAGAUUCCGGCGAGCCUCGCAGCACUCCCUUGCCUCAAGACGCUCAACCUCGUCAACAACCUCCUCACCGGAACAAUACCCUCUUCACUCGGUAACCUCACUUCAUUAAAACACCUUCAACUCGCUUACAACCCGUUCUCGCCGAGUCGCAUACCGAGUCAACUCGGUAACCUCAGGAACCUCGAAACGCUUUUUCUCGCUGGCUGCAACCUCGUGGGCCGCAUCCCUGACACUCUCAGUAACCUCUCUCACUUAACGAACAUAGAUUUUUCGCAGAACGGAAUCACCGGUCACAUUCCGCAGUGGCUCACGCGCUUGAAGCGCGUGAACCAAAUAGAACUCUUCAAAAACAAACUCUCCGGGGAGUUACCCAAAGGAAUGUCGAACAUGACGAGUUUAAGAUUCUUCGACGCGUCCACGAACGAGUUGACUGGGACGAUUCCGACCGAGUUAUGCGAGUUGCCACUCGCGUCGUUGAAUUUAUACGAGAACAAGCUCGAAGGGGUUUUGCCGCCGAUUAUUGCGCGUUCUCCGAACCUCUACGAACUCAAAUUGUUCAGUAACAAACUUAUUGGGACAUUGCCGAGUGAUUUGGGGAAUAACUCGCCGUUGAACCACAUUGAUGUUUCGUUUAACCGGUUUUCCGGCAAGAUUCCGGCGAACAUCUGCCGGCGGGGGGAGUUUGAGGAGUUAAUUUUGAUGUACAAUUAUUUUUCCGGGAAAAUUCCGGCGAGUCUUGGCGACUGCAAGAGUUUAAAGAGGGUUCGGUUGAAGAACAAUAACCUCUCUGGGAGUGUUCCUGAUGGGGUGUGGGGUUUGCCACAUUUAAAUUUGCUUGAGCUUUUGGAAAACUCUCUUUCUGGGCAAAUUUCCAAGGCGAUUUCGGGCGCUUACAACCUGUCAAAUUUGUUGCUUUCGUAUAACAUGUUCUCUGGGUCGAUUCCUGAGGAAAUUGGGAUGUUGGAUAAUCUUGUGGAGUUUGCUGCUAGUAAUAAUAAUCUCUCGGGAAAGAUUCCGGAGAGUGUGGUGAAGUUGAGUCAAUUGGUUAAUGUUGAUCUUAGUUAUAAUCAACUCUCUGGAGAACUUAAUUUUGGUGGAAUUGGUGAAUUGAGUAAAGUCACUGACCUUAAUUUGUCACAUAAUAUGUUUAAUGGAAGUGUUCCAAGUGAAUUAGCAAAAUUUCCUGUGCUUAAUAAUCUUGAUCUUUCUUGGAACAAUUUUUCUGGGGAGAUUCCUAUGAUGUUGCAGAAUUUGAAGCUCACUGGGCUGAAUUUGUCUUACAAUCAGCUUUCUGGGGACAUUCCUCCUCUUUAUGCCAAUGACAAGUAUAAGAUGAGUUUUAUAGGGAAUCCUGGGAUAUGUAAUCAUCUACUUGGGCUUUGUGAUUGUCACGGUAAGAGUAAGAAUCGGAGGUAUGUGUGGAUUUUGUGGUCCACGUUUGCACUUGCUGUAGUUGUGUUCAUUAUUGGGGUGGCAUGGUUUUACUUUAGGUACAGAAAGGCGAAGAAAUUGAAGAAGGGGUUAAGCGUUUCGCGGUGGAAGUCGUUUCACAAGCUCGGGUUUAGCGAGUUCGAGGUUGCUAAGUUGCUGAGCGAGGACAAUGUGAUAGGAAGUGGAGCUUCUGGGAAGGUGUACAAGGUGGUGCUCAGCAAUGGUGAGGUUGUUGUGGCAGUGAAGAAACUGUGUGGAGCACCUAUGAAUGUUGAUGGAAAUGUUGGUGCUAGGAAAGAUGAAUUUGAUGCUGAAGUUGAGACUCUGGGGAGGAUUAGGCACAAGAAUAUUGUGAAGUUGUGGUGUUGUUGCAACAGUGGGGAACAAAGGCUCUUGGUUUAUGAGUACAUGCCAAAUGGGAGUUUGGCUGAUUUGUUAAAGGGUAACAAGAAGAGCUUGUUGGAUUGGGUCACAAGGUAUAAAAUUGCUGUUGAUGCUGCUGAGGGGCUUUGUUAUUUGCAUCAUGAUUGCGUCCCUCCCAUUGUUCACAGGGAUGUGAAAUCCAACAACAUAUUGGUUGAUGCAGAGUUUGCGGCUAAAGUUGCAGAUUUUGGAGUUGCCAAAAUGGUUACAGGAAUCAGCCAAGGGACACGGUCAAUGUCUGUGAUUGCAGGAUCCUAUGGCUACAUUGCACCAGAGUACGCGUACACUCUCCGUGUGAAUGAGAAAUGUGACAUAUAUAGCUUUGGUGUGGUCCUUUUGGAGUUGGUAACUGGAAGACCCCCAAUUGAUCCAGAGUAUGGUGAAAGUGAUUUGGUCAAAUGGGUUUCCUCCAUGUUGGAACAUGAAGGACUAGAUCAUGUGAUUGAUCCUACAUUGGACUCCAAAUACAGGGAAGAAAUCAGCAAGGUAUUGAGUGUGGGGCUUCAUUGUACCAGCUCCAUCCCAAUAACUCGCCCCACAAUGAGAAAGGUGGUUAAAAUGCUUCAGGAGGUAACAACUGAAGUUCCCAAAUCUAGAAGUGUAAACGGUGGAAAUGUUCCAUGUUCCUAUGAAGGGGCAUCUCAUGCUAUCAAUGAAGUGUAGUUUGAGCAAUGAUGUGAAAAUAUAUAAUAGAUAGCUUAGCUUUUCUCUAUUGCAUAGUGAAAAGGGUGGAGUAUUUGACAAGGGUGAAAUAUUGAAGCUCAUCUAUCUUAUAGUCUAGGAUCGCUUAAUUCUGUUUUAGGGGAUAGUAGUUGUAUUGUAUCAUAUACAACAACUGCAAGAAAUCUUUUAUAUAUGGAUGCAGUAACAUGCGAAAGUCAUUCAUUAACCUGAAAUGUUUUUGUGCUGUA